AUGACCGUUGCUGAACCUGCAAAUGAAGACUUUGUAGUCAGACAGAGAUUGGACGCCUUCAAGCUGGGCAAGUCCUUCUCUACGGCGGCGCCAGGCGCUCCAAGGCCAGCCCACAGACAUCAACGAUCCCAUUCACGAAACACCUCGAUAUCCUCCUCCUCCUCCAUCUCACACUCCUCGCUCGCUUCCUCAAGGUCCUCCGGCCUCCAGGAUUUGUCCGGUUUCUCUUUUGGCGGGUCCAUCAGCAGCUCUGCGUCCACCACCAGCUCGCUCGCAUCCUCGACCAGUACAUCUGCACCCCCGCCGACAACCAAGCGCAAUUCACACCACAGGAGAAGGUCUUCUGUCUCCACCCGCCACGAGUCCGCAGAAUUGAUGGGCGUUACCCUUCCUGAACUCCCCCCUUCUUCGUCCGACCACAAUGUCAACUUUGGCGAUAAGGACUCCAUCCGCCGCCGCGCUCUUUGGGCAUUGGAAGGAAAACCCGACGUUGCCUUUACCAAGGUAGAAAUUCCAGAGUUGUCAACGCCCGACGUUGAAAAAAUGAUGUUCGACUUUUCGUCCAAAUCAAGCUUUUCCGGCGGAAGUUCUGCGUCCUUUGGUAACUCUUUGAUGGGGAACAAGCGUGACUCGUUCAAGCUUCUCCCUCCCUCGGGCUCCUCGAAAGACCAGUUGCACACCCUUGUCGAAGAGGAGGAGGAGGAUGAGGAGGAUGAACCAGUUAGCAGAGUUGAGACAGCAGAACAGCUGUCAUCACCUAUUUCUGCUGACAAGGAGACCGUAUCUGCCGCCGAAGAACCCACACAGGUAGCUCCGCUGCCAUCAGCGGCUCUCAACAAAGCGACUCUUGGCAAACCUCGUCCCGCCACCUUAAACCUUCGGCCCCUCUCCCUCGUCGCCGAAACCCUGGGUACUAGCGCGGUCCAAGGACUGCCAACGCCAUCCUUGUCUCCAAGCCCCAGGACAGGGCUUCGAUCGCUGUCCUUGAGUCCGGCGUCGUCAGGCGACGAAUCUUCCAAAGAGAACCAGCCCGUCAACCGUAGCUCGUUCAUCUUGAAUAAUGCGCGUCGCCCAGCCCUUAACCUCAAAACCGCAUCCAUCGACUCUAGCGUCAGCUCUGGAGACGAAUCCAAACCAUUCCGCCGAAGCAGCAUCUCGUACAGGAACUCUUCCAUCAAUGCUGCCGGACUCCCUACCCCCGAGAUGACCCCGACUUUCACUCGUCGCUAUUCCCUCGCCGAGUCCAACAAAGGCGUGGAAGAGGAAUUUUUUCUUGGAUCCCACCAACAACAAUCCUCCUGCAAGCCUCUUAGCGCGAGUGAGCAACAGUUUCUUCUCAAGUCGCAUAAUGCGCUUGUUGCGCGGAUAACGGACCUUGAGCGGGCGUUGUCCAGGCGUACGUCGCUGGGCAGUUAUUCGAGUAGCUCCAGGCCAAGUUCCAUCCUCUCCGACUCGACAUCAUUCAGCGAGAAGAGCAAUUCUCCCAUCCCCGGCGAGCCCAGUGAUGAGAUGUUGACCUUCAUCAGAGAUCUUAAGGCCGAGCGAGACGAGCUGAAAAAGGACGUGGAGGGUUGGAGGACGAGAGUGAACGACCUCGACCGUAAACACGCUCUGCUUGCCAAGCGGGUUGAGACCGAACGUUGGGAGGCUUGGGCUGCCCGUUCCCGCGUCGGCAUCCUCGAGUCGGAAAAGGCGGCCCUCGAGAAGCGGGUUGAGGCUCUCGACCAGUCGUUGGCCGACCUUGAGGCAGAUAAAGACAACCUCGAAAUCCGUAAUCGAGAGCUUCAGUCGCAGAACGAGGCAAAGGCGAAGCGGGUGGAGGAGCUUGAAGCCCAGCUGAAGCAGGUCAAGGAAGAGUUGGAGAAGGAACGACUAUUGCACCAGCAGCAGGUCGCUGCCAUCAGAUCUGCUAACCUCGACGCCGAUCUACUUGCCACUCCAACUCCUCAAGUAUUCCAGCCUCAGCCUAAUUCAUCACUGAGUCCCGUCAAUCUUGGCUUGGGACUUGUCGAUGAUCAGCCAACCUUUGCCUUCACCUUGAACGCCGUUCCGGAGGGUGACGAAGAUAGCUAUUCCGAGGAAGAUAAUGGACUCGGCCGGUACGAAGACGAGGAAGACUAUGAUGAGAGCUAUGAAGCAUCCUCAUCAUAUGGUUCUUCGGACGAGUUUUCACAACGAUCAGGAAACCCAUUCAUCAGAAAAGAAUCGCCUACCUCCCCUCUCACCCCUUCCUAUGCUCAAUUCGAUGAUGUUUCCAUUGCUUCGCCGGCGUCCUUGACCUUUGGUAGAUCCCAAGCUUCUCCUCCCCCUGUGCCCGCUCGUCCUGAUGCUUUGAGGGAUUCCGAGCUGGCCUUCAAUUGGACCUUCCCUCGGGCUCAGCCAGCGGCAAAGGUCGAGUCCCAUCAACCAAAACCAUCGGUCGAUCGAUUCUUCAAUUGCUUGGACGAGUCCGAAGACAGCGAUGACUCUGCUCCUGCAAGCCCCAUCUCUUUCAACUACGAACAGAGCAAGGAUAUGUUUGCCAGUGGCUUCCGUUUCGCUGUUCAGGAUGAUACACCGUUCUUCUUGCCACCUGGCAUUGGCACUGUCGUUGAAGAGCACACUGCCAAGUUGUCGACCGUUGCGGAAGAGGACGAGGAGGACGAAUAUAUCGAGGAUGACGAAGACAUGUUUGGAGAGGCGGGUGGAAUCAGAAUCACGUUCACCCCUCCUGACGAAGUUGAGGAACCUGAAGAGCCACCUCAGAUCCAGGUCUCUUCACCUGUCAAGGCUCCGUCGACUCCCCCGGUUUUGCCUGUACUCAACUUUGGCAGUGGUGACGAGGAAGAGGAGGAUUUCUUCAGUCUCCCCUCGACUGUCUCUAAGGAGGUCGAGACUGAAGGACGCCCUGUUGCUCAACCUGCAGCCGCGCAGCCUGAGAUAACAUUAACUUCGGUCGGGCAGCCCUCAGCUCCUCCCACACCCGUCACCCAUUCGUCCGCCACGUCUUGCACCUCGCCCAAAGUUACAUCCCCGUCAUCGAUCCCUCGACCCAUUUCCCGUCAAUCGAACAAGUCACAAGGAUCGGCAUCAUCUUCGCCUCAUUCGCCACCCCUCGCUUUCAGUGUUUUCGCCACGCCGCCUACGAAACGGGGUGGAACUACUCCAUCGUUCAUUCCCCAAUCGGUUACUUCUCCGUCCCCAGUUCGGACCGCCUCCUCCCAGAAAUCUAAGAUUGCGAUCGCGGCACCGACGUUCAUUCGACCUCCCAAUCGGAAGCCUACGGUCCCGACUGCUCCUGCCGCUAAACCGCAGGGUACCUCUCGCAAUGCAAACGGUUCGACCCUUACCGCUAAGCCUGCUACCCGUACGUUUGCUGAUUCCUCUCCUCUUCCAGAACCAAAACCAAUGACCCCGCCCCACAGAGCAUUCGAUCUUGAAUUCCAAAUGGCAACCGAGGUUGCAACACAAGGCUCGGACGUAACGACAGCGAGUUGCGUUGCGCCCCCUUCAGGUUCUUCGUCUUUGGCUUCUAUCAUCACGGCCCCACUCCCAACCAAUCUUCUAUCGAGUGUUCUCCUCUGGUCAUGGUCCUCGCGACCGGCCCCCAUUCCUUCUGGCUCCUCUUCAACAGCAACCUCAGUACCAUCCCGCAAACCCUCUUUUGUCUCGAGGGAAAAACAAUUGUCGAAACUCAAGUUCCGACUGGAACAGGAAAGCGUUUUGGGAGUGGCCAGCCACUACCGACGAUGUGACAAGGACAAUCUGGUCAUAUUGUAG